AUGUUUACAACAACUAAUGUAGCUGCUACAGCAGGGUCUGCCGGUGGUCCUGUUGCUGCUGCUGUUCCACCUACUUUUCAACUUAUAAGUACACCAGUUAAUGGUUCAUCAUCAUCAUCGUCGUCGUCAACAAAUUCAUCAGCAUGGCGUUUAACUUCAACAUCAACAUCAUCAAUAAUUAGACAACCAUCCGUUGUUUCAAUUAUAAAUGGAAAUAUGAAUGUAACAUCAUCAACAUCAGUACCAAUUAAUUCAACCGGUGUAACAAUGCCAACAAAUGGUAAUAUACUUUAUAUAGCAACAACAAAUUCUCAACAACAUAAUCCAAUUACAACUGGAAAUCUUAUACUUCAAUCUCCACAAACAGUACGACUUGUAUCAACACCAUUACAUACAUCAUUAUCUGCACCAACAUUAACAUUUUUAAAUAAUAGUAAUACGACAAUAAUUAAUAAUUCUCGACAAAUUAUAACACCAUCAAUUACUUCUUCUUCUAAUAAUUUCAAACCGGGUAUUUGUAUUGAUACACCUAUUCUUGGACGAUUAGCACCAAUAACAAUUCAACGACAAAUUACAAAUAUUUCUCCUGUACAACAAUCCCAAUUAGCGAACACAAUUUCUCAAAAUCAAAUUGACGAACAGAAUAAUUCAACAAAUUCAUGUAUAGUAAGUAAUGAUAAUAAUAAUUUAAUAAAUAAUUCACAAGAUCAAGAAAUUGAAAUCUUUGUCAAUAACGUUGUUUGUUCAUUUGCACUUGGUUGCAAAUUAAAUUUACGUAAAAUAGCUAUAGAAGCUGCAAAUGUUAUUUACAAACGUGAUCAAGCAAUGGUAUUGAUGAAGAUGCGAAAUCCAUAUUGUUCAGCCAAUAUCUGGUCAUCGGGUAAAGUAACAGUAACGGGAACGACGAGUGAGGAUGAUGCACGACGCGCGGCACGACGUAUUGCUCGAUCGCUGCAACGACUCGGAUUUAAAGCCAAAUUUCGACAUUAUCGUGUUGUCAAUUGUCUAGCAACGUGUACGAUGCCAUGGCCAAUUGAUAUUAUUAAAUUAAGUCGAAUGUAUUCAGAAAGUGUCAGUUAUGAACCCGAAAUUCAUCCGGGUGCCACAGUCAGAUUGUCUGAAAAGGCUGUUCUUAAAGUUUUUACUACUGGUAGUAUAACAUUAACAGCGCCGAACGUUGAACGUAUCAAUACAGCAGUCAAUGAAUUUUAUCCACAAUUAUUUGAAUGUCGAAAAAUAAAUCAUAAUGGAAGACAGCGCUGA